CCCGCCAAACAGAAGAUGAAUAAACCAGUUUGUAUAUCAGAGCGCGGGGGGCGGGAAUCUCAGCUAGCACCCUUCAGCCUCCCUUCGCCCACCCAAAAGCCCGGCUGGAAUGCGGCAGGGCCUGAUGUUACAGCCCAGGCCACCGAGGCAACCAAUUCGGUGCAGAGCUGGAAGUAUUGCACCACCUCACUAAGUUCUUAUGAAAGAGUUAAAAGACAAAGUGCCAAGCACGUCCUCAGUGGUUUCAUUUCUACCUUGACCAUGGACCCGCCAUCACGCGGUAAGAUAAGAGAAGCACCGAGAACCCGAAAAGUCCGCAAAAGGGUCGGGAGGCGGGAACCUGAUUUGAGGAGGAGGGUACCAGGAGAGCAGCCAAUCCCGCGCUCCCGGGGAGGAAGAGGAGGAGCCAGGGCCCGCGGGCCCCCCACUGCUCACUCCCGCGCUGCGCCGGCUCCGCAGUCUCCUCCCGGUGCAGCGCUCCGGCUCGCGGAGGACUCCUCUGGUGCAGACAUGGCCUCGGGCGCCGCUUGCGCCGCGGUGAAGAUUGGAAUAAUUGGUGGAACGGGCUUGGAUGAUCCAGAAAUUUUAGAAGGAAGAACCGAGAAGUAUGUGGAUACUCCAUUUGGCAAGCCAUCUGAUGCCUUAAUUUUGGGGAAGAUAAAAAACGUUGACUGUGUACUUCUUGCAAGACAUGGGAGACAGCAUACCAUCAUGCCUUCAAAAGUCAACUACCAGGCAAACAUCUGGGCUUUGAAGGAAGAGGGUUGUACACAUGUCAUAGUGACCACAGCUUGUGGGUCUUUGAGAGAGGAGAUCCAGCCUGGUGACAUGGUCAUCAUCGAUCAGUUCAUUGACAGGACAUCCCUGAGGCCUCAGACCUUCUAUGAUGGAAGUCACUGCGGCGCCAGAGGAGUGUGUCACAUCCCAAUGGCUGAACCGUUUUGCCCCAAAACAAGAGAGGUCCUCAUAGAAACAGCUAAGAAGCUUGGACUUCGAUGCCAUUCAAAGGGAACAAUAGUCACAAUUGAGGGACCUCGUUUCAGCUCUCGGGCAGAAAGCUUUGUAUUCCGCACUUGGGGUGCGGAUGUUAUCAAUAUGACUACAGUUCCAGAGGUGGUGCUUGCCAAGGAGGCUGGAAUUUGCUAUGCAAGCAUUGCCAUGGCAACCGAUUAUGAUUGUUGGAAGGAGCAUGAAGAAGCGGUGUCAGUGGAUGGGGUUUUAAAGACCAUGAAAGAAAAUGCCAACAAAGCCAAAAGUUUACUCCUUACUACCAUACCUCAAAUAGGGUCAAUGGAAUGGUCAGAAACGCUCCGUAACCUGAAGAACAUGGCCCAGAGUUCUGUUUUACCGCCAAGACAUUAAAACAGCAUGGCCACCACGAGGAGACUUACUACUUCUAGUCUUUGGGGGAUUUUGCUUAAACAAAAACAGGGCAGCUAUGUGGUCUUCAUGCCUUUGCCUGGAAAGAAGAACAUAGGAAGAGAGGCAUUGCACUCCAAGAUACCCACACCUCCAGAACCCAGAAGGAAGACAACGGCCUGCAGAAAUGAAAGAGAACAAAGCAAGCCCAAACCUUGUCAAUCUUGUUAAACUGACAACAGUGAAGUCUGGCGAGAACACCCAUUUCCCUGCACUGCCGACGCAGGGAUAUGAGCUGGAAUCGGGACUGUAGGGUUGUAAAUUGGCGCCAUCUUUCGGAAGGGCAGUUUGGUACAAUGCAUCUGAGGCUUAAACAUACUUAAUGCACUUUGGUACGCGAGGACUUUCUCUUUAAGGAGUUAGGGGAGAUUCAAAGAAUCACAUGUAAUGGCUGUUACCUGUCAUCACAAAAUACUCAAAACAUUCUGAAUAUCGAGAAGUUGGGUGGAUGUAACAUGUUUCCGUUAUACUUAAGCUAUGAAGCAAUCAAGUGGUAAUCAUGUUUUCUCAUGAAGAAAUGGUCACUUCAUGUUAUGAAAUGAGGAAAAAAGGUAUAAGCAUUUAUGAUUCUGUUUUUUUGUUUUAAAUGGUGUGUAAAUGUUCAAAAAAAAAGACUAGAAGGGAAUAUACAUAACCCUGUUACUGUAUUUGUGAAGAGAUACUGAGUAAUUCUUAUUUUCUUUUAAUCUUUUUUCUCUACUUUUUUUAAAAGUACGUGUAAUCAAAUAAUAAAGUUGUAAAAAUUAAAAUGGG